AUGGAGACAUCCGACGACGAGAACUUCCCGACCCUCAGAGAGGGACUGCGAAAGUGCUUGGCUAGCGGUGAAGGCAGUGACAUGACGAUCAAGUGUGGCGACACGGUUCACAACGUCCACCGUAUGAUCGUCUGCGUGCAGAGUUCCUUCUUUGCCAAUGCUAUGAAAAAAGAGCACAACUUCGAGGAGGCCCAGACCAAUGUCGUGGACCUAAGUGACGAUGACCCGGCCGUCGUCCAAGCUGCGAUCCGCUUCAUGUACACGGGCCACUACUCCGUCACUGAACUCGUUGGCCAGGACGAAAAGAUCGACAUGCACCUCUCGGUAUACUUCUUCGCAGACAGGUGCGGCAUCGGCGGUCUCCGGGAGUACUGUACGAAGGAGAUCAAGAAAUUGCUGGAAACUGACUUCUUCCGGCCCGAGCUGUUUCUUCGAAUCGUCAGCGCCGCCUAUAACAACAUUCCUGAGAAUGACAGCGUCCUCCACUACUAUCUGGGCAUGACUGCUUCCAAGAACUUUCCCGCACUUCUUCGGCAGAAGAAUUUCUGGGAUAUUGCCAAUGCGGCUGGCAGGUUCAGCACAUCAACUCUCAGAGCGCUUGCGGGCCAAGGAAUUAUUCCUGGUACAUACAACGGAGUUGGAAAUUUCAUUUGCAGGAACUGUGACCGGAAUGUCAUUCUGCGUUUGAGUAGAGAUACGAGAGUGGAAAUCAGGGGCUGUGAGCACUGGAUCGCUAAGGAACCCACGUUCUGCCCCAGCUGCGGUGCUGAUGAGCUGACCGAAGUUUGGUUAUAUUGA